AUGAAGAACUCCGACGCCUCCACUCACUUCGAAUCGCCUCACUCCCCUCUCCGCUUCCGAUCCUCCCCGCUCUCCGACAACGGCGACCCCUUUCACUCGCCCGAAAACUCGCCGCUAAAUGACCACCGAGACAACUCCAGGGCCAUCGUCAUCGUCGAGACUUCCACGCAGUUAGCCCAGGCCGCGCCCCCCGCCACCGAUUCCGAGCACCGCAACCCGCCGCCCAAUGAACCGCCGGAGGUAGUGGUCAGCCGCCCUGCGCGCCCGGAGUCUCGCUCUCCGGGAAUUGGCGCCCGCGGGCGAACCAGGGCAGUGCCGCCUCCCAUUCCUGCAGUGCCGAAAAGAGUGAUGAUACUGAAAAAGGUGGCAUUAGGGUUCCGAUUGAGCGAGGUGGUGCUGUGUCUGGUUUCGUUUUCGGUUAUGGCCGCGGACAAGACUCGUGGUUGGAGCGGUGAUUCUUUUGAUCGCUACAAGGAGUACAGGUAUUGUUUAUCGGUGAAUGUUAUCGCAUUUGUAUACGCAGCGUUUCAAACGUGUGAUCUGGCAUAUCAAGUGGUCACAGGGAGAAGCAUGAUCAAUCACCACCUGCGUUACCACUUUGAUUUCUUCAUGGAUCAGGUUCUGGCGUAUCUUCUGAUAUCGUCUGCAUCAUCUGCAGCCACACGCGUCGAUGACUGGCUAUCGAACUGGGGAAAAGAUGAGUUCACUGAGAUGGCUAGUGCUUCUGUUGCGAUGGCCUUUCUUGCUUUUAUUGCCUUUGCUAUUAGCUCCUUAAUCUCUGGCUACAACCUCUGCACUCUCUUCUCCUAG